AUAAGUCGCGGAGGUUCGGCUCAUCAAAUCAGUAGCUCAGGAGAAAGUGUCUGGUAGUUUCUAGUGGCAACUUCCAUUUGUUUCCAGACUUCUCGCUUUUGCUCAACAAAAACCCAUUUACUUCCUCCGUCCUCCGUCACAUCUUUCGAUCUCUCAACACUCAAGAAAAUCAUACUACGGAAGAUAAUCUUCUCGGGCGUAGACAAGGAAUAACAACAAGCAAUUCUCUAGCGUAAGGAAGGAAAAACAAGAAGCAAAGCAAAGAGACAGUAUUCCGUUUUCACCUGCAAUUUUCGUUUCGACUUCGAUCACUAGACUUUAUUAUAACAAUCAAGGACCAUGAAUCCUGAUAAAUUUACCCACAAGACUAAUGAGGCUCUUGCUGGGGCACAUGAGCUUGCAAUGAACAAUGGCCAUGCCCAAUUCACUCCCCUCCACCUUGCUGCUGCCUUGAUAUCUGAUCCCAGCGGAGUCUUCUAUCAAGCAAUCUCCAAUACUGGAGGUGAAAGUGCUGCACAGGCUGCAGAGAGAGUUUUCAAUCAGGCCUUGAAGAAGCUCCCUUCACAGACUCCUCCCCCAGAUGAAAUUCCUGCAAGCACUUCUCUUAUUAAGGGGAUUCGUCGUGCCCAAGCUGCACAAAAGGCUCGUGGUGAUACCCAUUUGGCUGUUGAUCAAUUGAUUUUAGGCCUUGUUGAGGAUUCCCAAAUUGCAGACUUGUUGAAAGAAGCUGGGGUUGCUCCAGCAAGAGUGAAAUCAGAGGUUGAAAAGCUUAGAGGAAAGGAAGGGAGAAAGGUAGAGAGCGCUUCUGGGGACACUACUUUUCAAGCUCUAAAGACUUACGGGAGAGAUCUUGUGGAGCAGGCUGGGAAGCUUGAUCCAGUAAUAGGCCGAGAUGAGGAAAUCAGAAGGGUUAUUAGGAUUCUCUCGAGGAGAACUAAGAACAACCCAGUACUUGUUGGAGAGCCAGGUGUUGGUAAGACUGCUGUGGUAGAGGGUUUGGCGCAAAGAAUUGUGAGAGGAGACGUUCCAAGCAAUCUUGCUGAUGUGAGAGUCAUUGCGUUGGACAUGGGUGCAUUGAUUGCUGGAGCAAAAUACAGAGGAGAAUUUGAGGAAAGGUUAAAGGCAGUCUUGAAAGAAGUGGAGGAAGCUGAGGGCAAAGUUAUUCUCUUCAUUGAUGAAAUCCACCUAGUACUUGGUGCUGGCCGAACUGAGGGCUCCAUGGAUGCAGCUAACCUUUUUAAGCCUAUGCUUGCUAGAGGUCAGCUUCGCUGCAUUGGUGCUACAACUCUCGAGGAAUAUAGGAAGUAUGUGGAAAAGGAUGCUGCAUUUGAGAGAAGGUUCCAGCAAGUUUAUGUGGCUGAGCCUAGUGUUGCUGAUACAAUCAGCAUCCUUCGAGGGCUGAAAGAGAAAUAUGAGGGUCACCAUGGUGUUAGGAUUCAGGAUCGUGCCCUGGUGGUGGCCGCACAGCUAUCAAGUCGAUACAUCACGGGACGGCAUCUGCCUGAUAAGGCAAUUGAUUUAGUAGAUGAAGCCUGUGCGAAUGUGAGAGUCCAGCUUGAUAGUCAGCCUGAAGAAAUUGAUAAUCUUGAAAGAAAAAGAAUGCAAUUAGAAGUUGAGCUUCAUGCCUUGGAGAAGGAGAAGGACAAGGCUAGCAAAGCUCGACUUGUGGAAGUCCGGAAAGAGCUUGAUGACUUGAGGGACAAGCUUCAGCCUCUAAUGAUGAAAUAUAGAAAGGAAAAAGAAAGGAUUGAUGAGAUUCGACGACUCAAGCAGAAGAGAGAAGAGCUCUUGUUUGCUUUGCAGGAGGCAGAGAGGAGAUAUGAUUUGGCAAGAGCUGCUGAUUUGCGAUAUGGAGCAAUACAGGAUGUGGAAUCUGCAAUAGCACAGCUUGAAGGAACCACAGAUGAAAACUUAAUGUUAACAGAGACAGUUGGGCCAGAGCAGAUUGCAGAGGUUGUAAGCCGCUGGACUGGCAUUCCUGUUACGAGGCUUGGACAGAAUGAUAAGGAGAGGUUAAUUGGACUUGCUGAGAGGUUGCAUCGGAGGGUGGUGGGACAAGACCAAGCAGUUGAUGCUGUUGCAGAGGCUGUUUUGAGGUCAAGAGCUGGAUUAGGAAGGCCUCAACAACCAACUGGCUCAUUCCUUUUCUUGGGUCCAACUGGUGUUGGUAAGACAGAGCUUGCGAAAGCGCUAGCUGAACAACUCUUUGAUGAUGAGAAUCUGCUGAUAAGGAUCGACAUGUCUGAGUAUAUGGAGCCACAUUCAGUUGCUCGACUUAUUGGAGCACCACCUGGGUACGUUGGACAUGAGGAAGGGGGCCAACUCACAGAGGCUGUGAGGCGGAGGCCUUACAGUGUUGUACUAUUUGAUGAAGUGGAGAAGGCGCAUAUCUCUGUCUUUAACACUCUCCUUCAAGUCUUGGAUGACGGUAGGUUAACUGAUGGCCAGGGCCGCACUGUUGACUUCAGAAAUACAGUGAUUAUCAUGACUUCAAACCUUGGAGCAGAGCAUCUUCUCUCUGGACUUAUGGGGAAAUCUUCCAUGCAAGUUGCUCGUGAUCGAGUAAUGCAAGAGGUAAGGCGGCACUUUAGGCCAGAGUUGCUGAACAGGCUUGAUGAGAUUGUCGUUUUUGAUCCUCUCUCACAUGAUCAAUUAAGGAAAGUUGCUAGAUUGCAAAUGAAGGAGGUUGCAAGCCGGCUUGCUGAGAGGGGUAUUGCAUUAGCUGUAACAGAUUCAGCAUUGGACUACAUAUUAGCUGAGAGUUAUGAUCCAGUUUACGGUGCAAGACCUAUUAGGAGAUGGCUUGAGAAGAGGGUUGUCACUGAGCUAUCAAGGAAGCUUGUGAGGGAGGAGAUUGAUGAGAACUCAACCGUUUACAUCGAUGCAGCUCCAGACGGAAGUGACUUGGUGUACCGGGUGGAGAAAAACGGAGGGCUAGUCAAUGCAGCCACUGGACAAAAGUCGGACGUGUUGAUCCAAAUCCCGAAUGGGCUUGCAAGAAGUGACGCUGCACAGGCUGUGAAGAAAAUGAAGAUCGAAGAGAUAGAUGAUGAAGGUGAUGAAACGGACGUGUAAACUUAGAGCUUGGGUGUAUCCUUGAUGUUGAAUGUUUGAAUAGUUGAGGGUUGCUCUCAACCCUCUUUGCAAUUUCGGCUUUUGUUAAAUGUAAAUAAAACAAUGGGUUUGGUUUCGAUUAUGCUUAAUAAUAUUUUGUAACAAAA